AUGUUGCGAUCCGUGAUCUAUCGGGAUGUGCUGUGUUUGUGGAACAAGCUACCUCUUAUUCAUGCCCUUAGUAAAGUUACGCUCUCCGAGUCCUGUGUAAAGGUUCGGUCUGUUCUUGAGUCUACGACUUUUUUAACAGCGACUAAAUGAAAUGGGUGAAAAUGAGGGCCUUUUGAGGGUUAUGGUAGACAGUGGUGGCUGCUCAGGGUUUCAGUACAAAUUCCUCAUAGAAAAGAAUAUUACCGAAGACGACCAGUAAGUAACCCUUGGUUUCAGUCAACCACUUGUAGUGUCAUAACACAGUCGGGCGUCAGGGUAGUCAUUGAUGACCAAUCGUAUUCGCUUAUCGACGGAUCAACUCUCGACUAUGAGGAAGAACUUAUCCGCUCCGGAUUCCGUGUGACAAAGAACCCCCAGGCAGAGCGCGGUUGUUCCUGCGGUUCAUCAUUUGCUGUUCGGCUAGAUUAG